UUGAUAAAAUAUCUGAGUAAAUGACGUAUUUUCUGUUAGUUCCUUAACUUCGGAAUAUUAUGUAAGGACACGCCUCCCGUCUCUGAUUGGCUGAGCGGUCUGUCACUUCAUCCUGAACCAGCCAAUGGCAGCGCGCAGAUCAGAUUGCAAACUAAUACAAACUAGCCGCCGCCAUGUUGUGUCUCCGCGGCCCGGAGGGACGUCCGGUCGUAAAUAGUAAAUGACGGUACCGCCUGCUGGGCCUCUGACUGGACUGGACCUCUGCAGAAAGCCAUGAGCCGUCCGUCCUCAGCCAGCGGUGGAGGACCGGGAGCCGGUAAAGCAGGCGGGGGAAAGCACGGAGGCACCGGAGUCGCCGCCACCGCGGCCGCAGCAGCGGCAGCUGCGGCCGGUGUGGGCACCGUCACCGGGUCGGGUUCUGUCGCUCCAUCCACGGCCGGGUCCCUACCCCCUGCCGCGAGUCUUCCCGGGCAUCCCCCGGAGCUGACGGCUCUGUUUGAGUGCCCGGUGUGUUUCGACUACGUCCUGCCGCCCAUCCUGCAGUGCCAGGCGGGUCACCUGGUCUGCAACCAGUGCCGCCAGAAGCUGAGCUGCUGUCCCACCUGCCGCGGCCCGCUGAGUCCCAGCAUCCGGAACCUGGCCAUGGAGAAGGUGGCAUCCACGCUGCCAUUUCCCUGCAAGUAUUCCUCAGCCGGCUGCCUGCUGUCGCUACACCAUAGCGAGAAGCCCGACCAUGAGGAGGUGUGUGAGUUCCGGCCCUACACCUGUCCCUGUCCAGGAGCCACUUGCAAGUGGGCCGGCCCGUUGGAGGCCGUCAUGCCUCAUCUGAUGCACGCACACAAGUCCAUUACCACACUGCAGGGGGAGGACAUCGUGUUCCUGGCGACGGACAUCAACUUGCCAGGCGCCGUGGACUGGGUCAUGAUGCAGUCAUGCUUCAGCCACCACUUCAUGCUGGUUCUGGAGAAGCAGGAGAAGUACGAGGGGCACCAGCAGUUCUUUGCCGUAGUGCUGCUCAUUGGCACCAGGAAGCAGGCAGAGAACUUUGCCUAUCGCCUGGAGCUCAACGGGAACCGCCGCCGCCUCACCUGGGAAGCCACGCCCCGCUCCAUCCACGACGGGGUGGCGGCCGCCAUCAUGAACAGCGACUGCCUGGUGUUCGACACCUCCAUCGCUCACCUGUUUGCUGACAACGGGAACCUGGGCAUCAACGUCACCAUCUCCAUGUGUUGAGGAGCAGAGUGGUGGAGGCCAUGCAUCUCCAUGAGAGGAACACCUGAUAUGAGAGCAGGUUGGAACCCAAACAGACUGCUCUGCUCUGCUCGGCGUGACGUUCAGGGUAAGAAACUGAAACCGCUUCGAGGAUCGAGGAAGACGUCCGCUGAGCAGAAUCGACUUUUUGCAGGAAAGGUUUUUCUGCAGCAGCUUCAUUAAACUUCCUGUUGGCUCCACAGCCUCUUUGCUACGAUCUGAUCUUUCCUGCUGUCAGGACUCUGUGUUUGGAUGAAGAUUCUGGGAGAACUUCGGCUAUCAGGAAAACUUAUGCUUAAGAAGAAUCUGCAGACAGAAGAAAAUGGAAGUUAAAGGUCCACUAAACCUUCUGUAAUGGUUCUGAGCCUGCUUAUUUUCUGAUUUGGGUGCAGAAUGGUUCUGAGAAAAAAGUUAAAAAUGUUAAGUUUAAAGAAAAGUUGUAAGGUUCUCCAGCUCUCCUGUUGGAGAAGAUGUUCACUGCUUCUGAUAAAUUAUCUGUGGAUCAGAACAUUUUACCGGCUCUGCAGGCUGAGACAGGAGCUCAUGUGGGCUGAAACAAGAAGGUUCUGGUUUAGAACCUAAAGAGGGAAAUCUGAGGAUGUAAUUUACUGACGUUCUCAUCAUGUUUCAGUCCAGCUGAUGGAACCUUCUGGAUUUUAGCUUUUCUUUGAUUGAAAAUAAAAAUAAAUAGUUUGGACACCAAAACCUAGAAUAUUUGUUCACUUGUGCAAUGUUUUGGUAUAAAAAGGACUGAAUGAUGAAUUUGAUCCAUGAUGAUUGGUUUAGUUCUUUACACACGACAAAACUCAGACCUUCUGUCUUCUCAACUUCUAUCCAAUCCUGAUUCUCCAUGUUUCCUUCUUCAGGAGCUCAAAGAGAAAUGUAGACAGUCUGCAGGUAAAACAGAUCAUCAUCAGGGUGUUUCCCUAAUGUUCUCCAUCAGGCUCCUUGUAGAAUUAAACCAGUACCAGUCUAUCUAUUGGCCAGUAGGGGGCGACUCCUACACAAUUAAAUCAACCAGUGAUGAAUCCAUGAGCAAGCUGAGGUUUCUGAUGUUCCUGUUUCUCUUCAAAUUGGCUUAAAGAGGGAGGGAAACUUUCCUCUGAAGCUGAAACUGAGUCUAAGUCCAAAGAAAAACCUCCAGGAAGUCUGACAUCUGCAGAAGAUCCCAGGGUGUCUGGCUUCUAAAUUCAAGUAAGGACAGAUGUUGGUUUCUGGACAACAUUCUGUCUUCUUUGUGUUUGUAGGAACAGGAAGCUGCAGAAAAACAAAGAAAAACUGCUCUCCUACAUUCAGGCACAAACCUGCAUGGUGACAUUAGUUCUGUUCUGUUGGUUCUGUGGUGUUGAGGGAACAUCUAGAUAGAAGUGACUGAUGGCUGUCAUGCUGGGACUGUGGAAUGUGGAUCAGAGGAAUGAUCUGACAGGAAGAAGACACCUGAUUUACAAUCUGAGCUGUUUGUGAAAUCAUUUUCAUAAAAAUAUAUUCCCAAACCAAAUCAGUUUUAAAGAGUUUUUCAUGUUUUCCAACCGAACAUGGACAUGGCUGCUGGACCUUCCAUGUAAAAACAGACAAACCUUGGCUGCUUGACUGAUAGGAAGGUUGCUGGUUCAGAUCCCAGCAGCGUUUGCCCUGUCGUCUCGUUUUGGAGGCCAGAGUUUGACGUCAUCUCAGAUGAAAGCAGGAAAAUGGAGGACCCCUCUGUUCAGCCGCAAGAGCCUUACUUUUCUACUUCCGACCUCUUUCUGUGCUGCUGAUUUUCACUGAGAACAGAUGGAAUAUGACCCAGAUUUCUGCUCAUCUGUUGGGACAGGAUGCACUGAUGGGACCGUUUCUACAGAAUUAUAUGGAAUUCUGGAUCGAACCACAAACAUUCCUUGUUUUCUAAUCGUUGUAGCAAGAAGAUACCUCUGAGCACAUCUGUAAAGCUCUCACACCUUCAGCCUCAUUGAAACCUCAUAUCAGAGCGGUGCUCCCCCAGCUGCAGGAAAAACUGACGCUAACCGUAGCUCAGGACACUUUACAAAAGAGUCUAGUCAACGGAAACCUUUAAUCUGCGGUUUUAUUGACAAUGUUGAAGCUCAGAAUAGUCAAUCAUAAAGAUCAGUUUAUGUGAGCAGAAGGAAGAAUAGUCCACAACUUUUUUUUACCUUUGGUUGUUUUUAACUUCUGCUGAGGCUAGCAUAGCAUCUUUAGCACGCUAGCUUUGGUUUUCAAAUAACACUCAUGUCAAUAAAAUGUUAAAUGUAAUUUUUAUUUACAGGCUGACAAUCAAAGCACUCUGCUGGAAAAAUGUGUUAAUUUGUUUCCUUUCACACAUUUAUUAAUAUUUUUUAUCAUGGCUAACAGCCUGACCUCAAGACAAAAAGGCGGGAGAAUCUGACUGGUCCAAAUGUUGCAGCCAUGCUAAAUGAAAGCUACGCCUUCGUUAAAGUUUUGGCUUUUACAAGUUUUGUUAUCUAAGAUUUUUAAGGACGACUUAAUUUCAGAAAAUGUUCCCUUUUGGCUUCUCGGUUUAAUCAAUAAUAACUCUGGUAUAUGACCAUUAAACUGCAUCUGGUUUAAAAUCCG